AUCCAAGCAAAGAUGGACAUGAACUACCUCGGGCAAAUUACUCGCGAGCAAGACGGAACACACCCGGCCGUGACCCUCGGUGGAAGUCAGACAUGGCGUGGUCGACGGCUCACCAUGCCAGCCAUCUUUGUAGCAGGUAAUUUCUGCCGUACCCAAUACUGCAUAGAGUCCAAAUGGAGUAUUAGGGAAGGGUACUCUAGACUUUUCACAUUAAUAAAAAUUAAAAUAAUAAAUAUAACACUUUUUUCCAGCGACGUCUCCCCGCGAGAAUCCCGAACCCCGUUAUGCGCUCGCGCCGCCGUUACCACGGAUUCCCACCCCAGGACGCGCCGCCGUGUUCUCCUCGCAGACCGCGCCGCCGCCGUCCUCUUCCCACGCCGGCGCUAUCCUCUGCUUGCGCCGUCGUUCUCCUCCCAGACCCUGCCGUCGCCGUCCUCUGCCCACGCUGAUAUAUGCUCAGAAGAGAUGAAAUUGGACGACAAAUUGAACGAGUCGCCGAUAUAUGCUGCUUGCAUCUUAAUCACCAAUCAUGACGGCAGGAAUCAGCAGGAGUUAGGGAAUAUGCGGAGCUGGGCUGAGACGCUGCUGAGGCGCGAAGUGCGGGUGCUCGCAGGCGCGGUAGCUUUGGCGGAGGGUGGUGCUGCUGCGCUGGUGGCUCAACGUCGGCACGGGUCCGUGCACUCCGACUUCAGCGCCGACGAGGCCGAACAGAUCCGCUUUACCAGCCCGUCUUCUCCUUUUUUCUUGGCAGUUGGAUUACAGAUUACAGUUUUGCCCUUGUCGGUUGAUACUUCAUCUGGAGCUACUCCAUGCAUCUAAAUUGGAGUAUUAAGGAGUAACAACUACGUUAAUUUCAGGGUACUGGAGAAGGGCUUUUGUAGUAACCUCACUACUCCUCCAAGAUCUUCGUCUUUUGGUGCACCACAUCUGUAUACUUAGUGCUAGUUCGCUAUGUUAUGCCGCUUCUAUGAA